AUGAUUGAAGAGGAGAUCUCAGGAUGGCUGGAUGAUGCCGAUUAAUACGAUAGAGCAAAGUAUAAUAGAAAUAAGGAGGAGAAAAUAAUUAAACUUCCUUUACAUUAAAAUCUACGUAGUUAUAGUUUAUGCUAAAAAAAAGAGGAUUCAGAUAAAAUGCUUAUUACAAAAUCAAGUCUUUAUUGAAAUGUAUUUUAGAUCUCUUUUCUGACAAAGAGAACUCAUCCCAAUAUGUAAAAAGCAAGAUGUAGAAAAAAUAAAAUAGUACAAUAGAAGAGCUGAAAAAAGUGAUGGAGUUUCUAUCAAUAAAUGAACAAUAUAAAUAUGAAACUCAUAGAGCAUUUGAUCCAAAUGAUGAUAGAUUCUUGAAACAGUAGCAGCAGUUAAUAGAAAAAUAAAAGCAAUAAUAAGAGCUGAAAAAAAAUAAGUUUAAACUUUAACUAGAUAUCAAAGAUAAUUAUUAAUCUAUACCAAAAUAAAGAAGGCAAUUGUUACCAUUAAAUGAUUUCUAAUAAUUAUAAAAAAUUAACAGUGAGAGAUCAUAAAAUAAUUAAAUUCAAUAAAGUGGAAUCUAAGAAUCCAAAAGUUAAACUCAAACUAAGUUUAAAUUUCCAAAAUUCAUCAUCUAAUAAUAAAGAUAGAAGAAACGACAUUAUAAAACAGAUGAUUUUGUUGGCAAUAAAGAUGAUAAGGAAUAACAAGCCAAACAUUUCAUCCAAAUAAAUAGAAUUUUCAGCAAUAAUAAUUUAACGGAUACAAAGCAAAGUAUAUAUACUCCUAAAACUGUGACAUAAAAUAAACAUUAGCUUCAAUUAUAAUAAACCAUAAACAAUAUCAAUUAAGCUAAAGAUAGCUCAUAUACAUAUGAUCUAUUUUAUAGAAAAACACCCUCAAGUACAAUUUAGGAAAAUAAGGAAAAGUAAAAAUAACUUAAAUUGUUAGAGAUAGCUCUAAAAUGUAAGAAUAUUAAAUGA